CAUAUUGCUUUCCUCCAUUUCCAUAUGCUGAAAUUGUGUUUCUUCAUCUGUUUGAUAUACUGGGUGAAAUCAGAUGAGGAGAAAAAAUGUCCUGAAUUUACAGAUCUUAAUAUAGGCAAUGCUUUGUCUGGAACAGAACUCCAAGUCCAGCUACUGCUAUACACAAGGGAAAAUCCAGAUUGUUCUGAGAGACUCAUUGAACACAAUGUUACUGCAUCUGAGUACCUUAAUACCUCCAAGACAAUUGUCUUUGUUAUUCACGGCUUCAGACCAACGGGAUCUCCACCAGCAUGGCUAGGUGACAUGAAGGAGCUUCUACUGUCUUCAGAGGAUAUUAAUCUCAUUAUAGUUGAUUGGAAUCGUGGUGCUACAACUGUGAAUUACAUAACUGCUGUUGAAAACUGCAGAAAAGUUGCAGAAAUACUGAAGAACUACAUUGACCAGAUGCUGGUGGAUGGAAGUUCUCUUGACUCUAUGUAUAUGAUUGGAGUUAGUCUUGGGGCUCAUAUAGCUGGUUUUGUUGGCCAGAAGUAUAAUGGCAAACUUGGCAGAAUUACAGGUCUUGAUCCAGCGGGCCCUUCGUUCACUCGAGAACCACCAGAGGGGAGACUGGAUCGUACUGAUGCACAAUUUGUUGACGUAAUCCAUUCAGAUACUGAUGCACUAGGUUUCAAGAAACCUUUGGGAACCAUUGAUUUCUAUCCAAAUGGAGGAAUGGAUCAACCUGGUUGUCCACAAACAUUAUUCAGUGGACUUCAGUAUUUUAAGUGUGACCAUCAAAGAUCUGUCUUCCUCUUCUUAUCAUCUUUGAAAAGAAGGUGCAACAUAAUAACAUAUCCUUGUGACUCUUACUUGGAUUACAAGAGAGGAAAAUGUGUUGACUGUGAAGCUUUCCAGCCAAUGUCCUGUCCAGUACUGGGUUAUUAUGCUGAUAGAUGGAAAAAACUGUUAAUCCCAAAGAGUUCACCAACGAAAGCUUAUUUUGAUACCUCGGACCAAGACCCAUUCUGCAUGUAUAACUACUUACUGGAUAUUACUACCUGGAAUAAAAACAUCAGGAGAGGUUUCAUUAAAGUUAAAAUAACAGAUUAUGCUGGAAACACAGUAGAAUCAGAGAUGAAUAGUGAAGCUUCAACCUUUCAGCAGUAUAAAAGAGUCAAAAUACUAACUGGAUUUUACCGAGACCUUGACAAAAUAUCGAAAAUUUCCUUGACCUUUUCUACGAAGACUUUAAUAGGCCCAAAACACAAGCUUAGGAUUCUCCAGAUGAGGCUGAAAUCUCUUAAUAAUCCAGAAAGGCUGCAGCUGUGCAGAUAUGAUUUUGUACUGAUGGAGAACACUGAAAUGACCUUCAAACCUGUCCCGUGCCCAGAGAAGGGUACACAAAGAGACAACUUCCACUAA